AUGCCCAUAUGUGUAGAACAUGUCAAGUCCCAGAUGAGACUGACAAUGGACUGUUGGUGCAAGGGGAUGCCACUAUCCAGCUAUCUGAAGCCUAUGCAGUGUGUCACGAGAUACCCACUGAUCAUUAAAGAGCAACUGGUGUUCAGUUCAGUGACCAACUGCUUGGGGCCACGCAAAUUUCUGCACAGAGGGAAGCUCUACAAGGCCAAGAGCUACAAGGAGCUGUACUGCUUCCUCUUCAACAACUUCCUCCUGCUGAUCCAAAUCUCAAAGCCCUUAGGCUCUUCCAGCACCGGCAAAGUCUUUAGCCCCAAAUCAAACCUGCAGUAUAAAACGUACAAAAUGCCUAUUUUCUUAAACAAGGUUCUAGUAAAAUUGCCCACUGACCCUUCUGGAGAUGAGCCCAUCUUGCACAUUUCCCACAUCGACUGCGUCUACACCCUCCGAGCAGACAGCAUAAACGCAAGGACUGCCUGGGUGCAGAAAAUCAAAGCUGCCCCUGAACUCUAUAUAGAGCCAGAGAAAAAGAAACGCGAGAAGGCGUACCUGGUCAGUUCCCAGCGGGCAACCGGUAUUGGGUUGAUGGCAAACAUCUUAGAAGGCAUUGAAUUGAAGCCCUGUCGGUCACAUGGAAAGAGCAACCUGUACUGUGAGGUGACCAUGGGCUCUCAAAGCCACAUCACCAAGACAAUCCAGGUCACACUGAACCCUAAGUGGAAUUCCAACUGCCAGUUCUUCAUCAGAGACCUGGAACAGGAAGUUCUCUGCAUCACUGUGUUCGAGAGGGACCAGUUCUCACUUGAUGAUUUUUUGGGUCAGAGAUCCGAGUGGCUGACAUCAAGAAAGACCAGGGCUCCAAGGGGCCAGUUACCAAGUGUCUCCUGCCGCACGAGGUCCCCACAGGGGAAAUUGUGGUUUGAUUUGGGGCUGAAGACUUUGCCGGUGCCGGGAGAGCCUAAGGGCUUUGAGAUUUGGAUCAGUUUGAUGAGCCAUAGCCACCCCAGGAUGAUCACGAAGGACUUCCUCUCAAGGCCCCUCUCAAUGUGA